ACACAAUGAGGCUCGCUGCCUAUGCUGGAACCUCUGCGCUGGUGGCAGCCGGUGCUCUACUGAAGGCUUUCCACCAGCGGCCCAAUUUCUAUUCGGCCACGGUCUACCUGUCGCAGAGCAAUGCCUGUGUUCUUACGCCGCUAACUCCGUCAUCACCCAGNAUCCUCACCAACCUCGCCCUCGUCACCGCCUGUAGCUUCAUCUACGGUCUCCAGCGUCUCUUCUACGGCCCCCUUCGACCCAUUGAAAUCGAGCAUCUCUCGGAAAAGGCCUGGUAUGCCGUCCUCGACACUCUCUUGGCUAUGCCCUCCCUGAGGGACGAGGUUGGAGGAUGGAUGCUCGCCGUCUUUGUUCUCCUUCUGGCUGGCAAGGUCUGGAGUUGGAUUGGCGAAGGCCGCGUCGAUAUUCUUGAACAACAACCNCCACAAAAUCCCCGUCUCUUCCACGCACGACUUGCUUCAUCGCUACUCGUAUCCACCGCAUUCAGCGCUGCCAUGCUGAGAUACUGUAUCGCUACUGUCAAAGACGACCCUCGCCCUGGCAUGAUGGUCAUCUUCACCUUCGAAUUCGCCAUUCUUCUGAUCUUCUCUCUAUUUACCCUCCUACGCUAUGUGCUGGCUCUGACAGAAGCACGUGUGCUAAAGCAACAAACAAAAGCCAAGAUGGACGAAAGACGAGCCGAGAUUCGCGCAGAAAGAGAACGUCUGGAACGAGAGCGUGACGAGUCGAUCGAUCCUGAGAGUUUGCCUCCUCUACCCAACGAAGAAGACGUGGAUGAGAAUGAGAUCGACGUCCCAGGCUGGGAGGAAAAGCGUCGAUGGUUGUUUGGCCUCGAGCUUGCCACAGACUUCAUCAAGCUCAUCGUCUACACUGUCUUCUUCGGAAUCUCUUUGACCUUCAUGGGACUGCCCAUGCAUAUCAUCCGUGAUGUCUAUCUGACCUUUGCAUCCUUCAUCAAGCGCGUUCAAGACUACAACAAUUAUCGCAAGGCCACCCAAAAUAUGAAUAGCCGAUACCCAGAUGCUACCAGCGAGGAGUUAACCAACGACAAUACUUGCAUCGUUUGCAGAGAAGUCAUGGUGCCGUGGGGUCAACCCGAUGCUGCGGGACAAGCCCGCAGACCCAGUCUCAUUAACGAGGGUAUGCGCGCGAAGAAGCUACCAUGUGGUCACAUCCUCCAUUUGCGCUGCCUUAAAGCUUGGCUCGAACGCCAACAGGCUUGUCCAACUUGCCGCCGCCCCGUCAUCCCCACUGGCACCCCUUCUCCUGAUCGUGCGGGAGCUGGAAAUCAAAACGCGAAUGGCGGUGCGAACGGAGGUGCGCAGCAAGGCGCAAACGCGCCAGCUGGUGGUCCCAAUGCGGGCAAUGGUAACGCAAACCGUCCAGCUCAACCCAGACUGCGUAUGCUCAAUCUUGGCCCAAUACGCAUUGGUGUCUACAACGGACCUGCCAAUCGCGUACAAGAUGCUCUGAACCAAAGACGUGCCCAGGACAACGGUAAUGCCACUGGAACCGCAACACCGGCAGCAGCGACUCCAGGAAUCGGAGGAUUGGCUGGAGCAAGAUCGAUGGACACUCAGUUGCAGCUUCUCCAGAUCGAGGAGCGUUUACUCCAAGAAAUUCGUCGCUUGCAGAUCGAGCAAGCUCAACUUGCGACGGUUCGUGCUUUAGAAGCGGAAUUAGCAAGACUUCGCGCCUACCAUAGCAACAACCAGGCUGGAAGUAGUGUCACUGGUCCUUCUGUUGGUACCAGAUCGGCUACACCGAGUCUUUUCCCAGCCCCUACUAACAUGACGACACCUGGUGCUGGUUCUGCGCAACCGCAAGUGCUCCAACCUAGUCUGGGACAAGCACCAAUGACGCAGGGGCAUGAAAACUUGCCACCUGGUCUUGUGUUGCCUGAAGGAUGGACCCUCACGCCUCUUAAUAGAGUCGAAGGCACUUCACAACCUGGUGGUGUCAACCCGCAGUCUCAGGUGGUGCCUACACCUACGACCACAAUCCCGGCGACUGAAGCUCCAGCUCCACAGGAACAAACAGAGGAACCCACGACUCCAGAUACCACGGUAACUCCCACUGCCAAUCAAUCGACCGAAAAGAGUCACAGUGCCCAAGAAGAAGUACCGGAAGUAGAAUCUUCUGGUCACAAUGAGGAGCUCUCUUCGCUCACCCAGCAAGUAGAUGACGAAGAGCAGCCCAAAGCAGUUGACAAGGGCAAAGGCAGAGCAGUUACGGUGGAGGACGCGGAGGAUGCGGAACAG